GCUCACCCAGAGACGUACUGUUUUGUUCAUACAGGAUUAGCAUGGCUAUUCGCUCCAUCCUAUACAUUCUAGUCCUUGCAGCACUUCAAGCAAGCACUUACAGACUAAAGUUGGAGAAUAUCACAGUCCUUGAGGGAAAUUCAGCAGUUCUCAAUUGCACAGUGAAUAAAAGUGAAGGAUCAUUUAUUGAGUGGAAAAAUCCAAAGCAGCAAGUUCUCUACUUUAAUUACAUCAAAGCACUAAGGGACAACAGAUACAAACUAGUUAAUUUUUCAAGCUCACAGUUAAUCAUCACGCUACACAAAACCACAGUGGACGAUGACGGUGUAUAUAGCUGCUUGUAUUAUGAUCACCAAAUAGUAACAAAGCAAUUGAAGCUGACUGUUUUAGCUCCACCAUUAACCCCCAUUCUGAACAUCACUAAACAAUCACCGAAGAAGAAGGUGAUCAGUUGUAUCACCACUGGAAGUAAGCCAAAGCCUCAAAUAACUUGGCUCCUGAACAGCAGGCUGGAGUUGCAUGGACAUACAAAAUAUAAACCAGAAAAUAAGGGUGCAAAGUUUACAACAAUCAGUACAUUGAAAAUCAAAUCUCAUGAGAAGAAUUUCAGAAUUGACUGUAUAGUUCGACAUGAAGCAUUAAUGAACAGAACUCUUAAAGCAACAUUCAGAUUUAAUAACAAUUACAAUUUCAUUGGACCAACUGAAUUGUACACACAAACUGCAAAUGUAAAUGAGACAACAAUGAAUCCAAGCUCAACACCAAACACAGAGUUACCAUUCACAAAAAUGCAACGAAGCACCUUCCCGAAUGAAACGGACUCAUUCACUGCAAAUGACAGCAAUCUCUUUAAUUCAAAUGAAACCAGCACCGAAAGAAAUGAAGGGAUUGCGUUUAAUUCUACAUCCACCUGGAAUGAAACAAGUAUUUUAUCCAUUGAAAAUAAGAAUUCAACUUCCACAAUAAAAUGUCAAAACAAUAAUAUCAUGGAAAAUGAUGCCAAGUAUGAGAAACAACACAUGAAGAAGAAUGGAGCCCUAUUACUGAUACUUGUAGCUUUCCUGAUUUGUGGCUUGGUCAUCGUCUUCCAAUUAUUUGUGCUAAAAUUAUGGAAAGAGCAUUUAAAGUGGAGAAAGCAAAAAGAUGAAUCUGAUACCAUUGGGGAUAGUAACAGAUCAAAUAAGUCAAGUCAUGAAGAAAAUGGUCGAACAGAAAACAAUAACCAAGGCAAUUUUGAGUCUGCUCUUCAACCACAAUAUAUAAUCCAUAUAAAUCCAGAGGAACAAAUUAAAGAAUGCUCUGAUGAUACAUGUGAAGAUCAUAUAAAAGAGAGCACAGUUUAAGUUGCUUGAUGAAAAUGCAAAACAUCAACUUUGUUUUUUUAUUGCACUUAUUUCAGUGUAAAUUUUAGAAAAAUUUUGUAAUAUAAAAACCCAACCAGUUAAUUGAAUGGGGAUUAGAAAUACUUCUUUAAAUAUUCUUUACAAACUGUGAAAUAUACUGUAUAUGUGUUUAACAAUUUUUAAA